GCGGGGAAGCGGGCGCAUUGCGAGUCCCGCGCCGACGCGAGCGCACGGUCCCGCGGAGAAGAUCGACUCUGACCCGCAGAUCCUCCGAGGAAAGUUCCGUGAGUGAGUUCAUCACCUCGUCACCUCGUCACCGGUGACCGGUCGUCGUCCACCGGGCAGGACUCGACUCAAUUAAGGAUUUUCCUCACACUUGCACUUUGGCAACUUUUUGUCCGAGAAGCGGUUUGGACGCUGCGAGGAGGAUGAAGGUGACAUAAGCUGUUCCUCUUCGGAUCCAGUCCGCCACAGAUCCUCUCUCUCUCUCUCGGUGGAUUUAACCUCCAUGAAGAGUCUCUGACUGGGGCCGACGCGUUCGGGUGCUGAAGCCCCCCGCGGGACGCAGGGAACCGUGAACCCGACCCCCCCCCCCCCCCCCGCCGCGCGUCACGGCCGGGAUGGAGCGCCUGCUGAGCUGCCUGCUGCUCGGAUAUCUGACCUGCAACCUGCGGAUAUCGGACGCGCAGGGCGAGUACUGCCACGGCUGGCUGGACGCGAACGGGAACUAUCACGAGGGCUUCCAGUGCCCGGAGGACUUUGACACCCUGGACGCCACCGUGUGCUGCGGCUCCUGCUCGCUGCGCUACUGCUGCGCGGCGGCGGACGCGCGCCUGGACCAGGGCGCCUGCACCAACGACCGGGAGGUGGAGAACACCGAGUUCGCGGCGCAGCCCAUCUACGUGCCGUUCCUGAUGGUGGGCAGCAUCUUCGUCGCCUUCGUCGUGGUCGGCUCCCUGGUGGCCGUCUACUGCUGCACCUGCCUGCGGCCCAAGCAGCCGACCCAGCAGCCCAUCCGCUUCUCCCUGCGCAGCUGCCAGGGCGAGACCAUCCCCAUGAUCCUCACCACGGCGCCGCCGAGCCUCCGCGCCCCGUCGCGACAGUCCAGCACGGCCACCACCAGCUCCAGCUCGGCCGGGGGCGGGAGCUCCAUGCGGCGGUUCUCUCUCGGGGGCCAGGGGCAGCAGCACAGCUGCCUGGUGUCCGCCGCCGUCUCCUCGUCCGCCUCCACCCCCACCCAGACCCCUCAGACUCUGCCUCCCCCCUACACAUCCCCGCCGUCGGCCAUGUCCGGGGGCCUGCAGCACCCGCUGCCCUCCGCCCACGCCCAGCUGCAGCUCCAUCAGGCCUGCAUGCCCCCUCACCCCUCCCAGAGCGCCGGCUUCCUGUUGCCCCAGCAGUACUUCUUCCCGCUGCAGCCCGACGCCUUCGCAUCGGCCAAGGGCUUCGCCGACUUCGGACAGAGCUGACAGGGCUCCCAGGAGGGGAAGUGGAGGGAUUACACGAUUACUGGAUGGUGGGUGUGAGCUGGCGAGGGCGAACACACGGCGGCACAGCUGGCGGCGUCUGGGUUGAGACCCCGGGCUGAACGGACAAACGGAGCAGCAGCGGCGGGACGAGUGACCGCGAAGGACGAAGCUGCCGUGGUUGAACACUCCAACACGCCCAGAUACAGACAGCAACAACUUUUUAACUCUUAUGCACUUUUUUUUAAUAUCAUGUUGUCAACAGAUUUCUGUGGUCUACAAGUUAUAUAUUUUUUAUAUAUAUACCGGGUUUUUUUUUUACAAGGUGGAAAUCUGAGACUGAAAUCACAAACCUUCCUUCUUCAACCUGACAACUCUCUCCAGGCAGACGGAUCCCAGCACCGUCGCCCUGAGGCCACAUCCUCCGUGGUGUGUCGUCGCAAAGCGCGUUGGGAAACCAGGGAACUGAUGUUUUCUUGACAAUCGUAAGACCCCUGGAAAGAGACGAGGCCCCGAUACACACAGCAGGCGGCUUUUGUUUUGGAGGGGAAUGUGGACUUUCAUAUUCUGUGGUAAAGCAAAUAAAAUGUUGUCUGGCAGUUCCUCCUGUGCACUGGUAAAUGUAAAGACAAGUCUGUGAACAUGAAGCAUGUUCCCUACCUCCCUACCUGUCGCUCGCGCCUGCGCCAGACUUCGCAGCAGGAAUGCGGCGCUGAGAUGCGUCAUUGUCAGUGUUCAAUGAGCAUGGCAACGGUCGCAGUGUUAAAACCAACUCGCCCCAGAAGUAGAGGUUUGGGUUGCAGCGACAGGCAGCGGCAGAGUCUCCACAAAGACGCCUCUGUGUUUCCGGCUAUCUGACUUUUGAAAUGGACUUGGCCAUCGGGUCGUCUCACGAAAUCUGCAAACUGUCUUUUGCCUCAAAUCUGUGCUCGUAUCCUUUCAGCCUUCAAUCUCAAAACGCAACCUCCAUGAUUAGUAUUCAUCAGAUUCCAGCGUCGACUUCCUCCUCGCCACAUUCCGCACGUUUGGGGAAAAAAAGGAUAGAACACAAGGGGGGUUGUGAACACGCUUUCGUGACAUUUCCUAAAUCUUUCGGAGAGGUCUAACCUUUUAUGUCCUCGCCAGGCCUGAAAAAAAAAAAGUUUCGGAUUUCUUUUUCAAGUUAUCCAGGAAGUGUCUCUGAUUAUUAUUCCUCACACUGCGAGGCGGCAGCGUUAUUCCGUCUCAUGGGUUUAAUUGAAAUUCAAUCAGUCCCGAACCUGUAACUCAUUCUUCUCGGAGAAUAAUUCCGUCUCGCGUUUAAUCACUGCGGCAAAAUCAAGAGCACGUUAAAUAUACAGCAGACUCCUUAGAGUUCUCACAAAUCAACGCUUGUUUUGAUACGAUUAUUCAUCCGCAGCCGGUCGGUGUAUCCAUACGGUGUAAUUAUAUAGUAGUUUUCAUUGCGGGGCUCCUGUGUUUCCUGCCGGGAUUCAAGUUGCUUUCAAACACGCGGGAUUUACAGGAAACGAUGGAUCUUGUCGUCCGCGGUUACGGUCUGUGAUUUGAUCUUGUUGCGACCAGCCUCGUCGUUUGUGGUUCACUCUCUUCAGACGCCUGCGAGUCUCAACGCAAGCUGUCCAAUGCGCAGCGCCGCGUCCCAGUAAACGCCUGUACCGCGACGCGGGGCGCGGGACACAUAGGGUCGAGGCCGAAAUCCUGUUCCCAUUCGUGAUUCGACCGACGGCUCCUUUUUGGUUUGGUCUGUUAAAAAAUAUCUUGAAAUGGAGACGGUGUCACUCACAGCUUCCUCGGCCUUUAAGGUUUUUUUGGGAACAACCAACGAAACCCAAAAAGCAGAUCAAUUUAUUCUAAAAGCUAAAGGAGGUUGCCACCAGGUCUUUUUUGUGUUCGAUUAAUCGCUUUGGCCUCAAAUUUCAGCAGCAUUUGGAAGCUGCAUCCCCCUAAAAAAUGAUUUCGAAUGCUAGACAAGAAACGAAAAAGCCAAUUUCUUUGAUUUAUUAGUAAACAUAAGUUAUGGACACGACAUCCAAGUCUAUGUGGUUCACUUUUAGUCUAGUUUGGACAUUUCUGUCUGUCUGUUUGGGACCAGGGACGAGAUCGGGAGGAUAAACAUCAUCGCAAUAAUAAAUAAAGACUCUUUAUUGAUAUAAUUCGUUUUUUCCUGCAGGCUGAUGUUUCUUCCUGCCUUUUCCUGUUUAGCUUCUCUGUCCUGUUUGUCGCCACACACAUGCACAAGAUGACGGCGAUUACGAAUCCUGCAAACACACGCAAGCGUUCGAAAAGGACGUUCACAUUGUUCCUCCAUCGUUGUGAAGUUUAUUUCAGUAGUCCUUCAUGGCAGUAAAAGACAACACUUAUAAGUUUGCAGUCCCAACAUGCAGAACAAUCAUUGAACAAAAUAACUGAAAAAGAAAAAAGAAUAUCGAAAAGAACAUUUUAAAGGUGCAAUUUUUUUUUCCUCUUUUGUAAAGUGAUCAACACUUGAGAAAGAAUCAAAGUAGUACAGUUAACACGUCAGAGAACAGUUUGUGUUUUCCAUUCAUGCAGCCCACGACUUUCACAGACGACAACGUGUGUUUUUAUGUUUCCCGGUAAAACAAAAAAAAAAAAGUAAGCAACAGUCCAAAAAGCUUUCCACAACGACAACAUCCACAUUCAAGCGGUUUGGAAAGUUUCGACGAGAUGACAGUUUUUCAACACUAAAGACCAGCGGAGAGAAACAGAAUCAUUAACCCUCACUAAAAAACUGAGAAUAAACACACGCACACACACAAAAGAGCUUUUUCCUGUAAAGCAGAGUUACGCUGCAUGAAGAAAUCGAGUUAACAGCCAUGUACACCCAAGAGACCAGAUAAUACCAGAUGUCCACGACUGGAAAAGGUACAUUGAGUGCGUUGUGCAACAACAUCUCCGAGUCAAAGCAGAGCUGAGCAUCAAAAAACUCUCAGUCGAGAGAUUGCCCUCAAACACUCACAUACACACACACUCACACACUGACACUUUCCCAUACAGGCCAUGCAUUUGCGCACAAUAGUAAACUUCAGCUACACCUGGAGUCGUGCAGAUGGACAACUGGAGCAAGCGUCUCUCUCUCUCUCUCACUCAUACACA